CCUACACUGAAUAAUCAAGUUUCAGCCCCCCUCUCUCUCUCUCUCUCUCUCUCUCCAUGGAUUCCAAAGUAGAAAUGUUCUUCAUACCAAAUGUAAUCGGGAGAGGCCACAUUCUUUCAGCUAUAGACACAGCAAGGCUAUUUGCAGCUCAGGGAGCCAAAAUCACCAUAAUAGUAACACCAGCAUAUGCCCAGCUCUUCCAGAAAACCAUAGAGAGAGACCAGUCACGAGGCCAUGACAUCAACUUCCACAUCUUCAAAUUACCCACCUCCGACUUCGGCUUGCCCGAUGGAUGUGAGACUCUCCUCGCCGCCUCUGCCGGCAUUAUGGCUAAGCUUUUCAUGGCCUUCGAGAAGCUCCAUGAACCCAUCGAACAACUUGUCCGAGAACGCCGCCCUGAUUGCAUCGUCAGCGACAUGUUCCAUCCUUGGACUGCCGACCUUGGUGCUCGCCUCGGCAUUUCCAGGUUCUUAUUCUAUGUUACAGGUUUGUUUUCUCUGUGUUGUGAAGAGAGCAUUCGACGGUAUGCACCACAUGACAAGGUAAAUUCUGAUACAGAGACAUUUGCUUUGCCGGGUCUCCCCGAUGAUAACAUCAUAUUUACCAAGAAAUAA